UUUUAUAGCAAGCUCACAGUUGCUUUAAAUUAGAAAAGUUGGCAAGUAUCCGAGGAAAAGAGUGGGAGCUGAUUUAGCUGAGACAGACAGUUACAAAACUCAAUACAAGAGCAUCAAGCUUCAAAUAAGUUUUCACGAAGUAUGGUAUUUGUCAUCACGGCGUUUAAAAUUGUUUUAAAGGAUUUUGAAUCACCAACAAUUACCUGUUGGCUUGAAUUUACAACUCUUACACUACCCAAACGGAGCAUGUUGCUUUCCCUGAAAAAUCCGAUGUCAUCUACUUGAGUGUAAAGAAACCAGUGGACUCUGAUUUCCUUGAAUGCUGUAAAUUAGCUCUGAAGGAAUGGACAACUCCAACAAAAAAGCCCACACAACUCUUCUGAGAAGCCAGUAAGGGAACUAGAAAAAUCAGCUUGGCUUGCAAAAUCUCACCUGACCCAUGACUGACUCUCUGCUAAGGCAACACUAAUUUAAGACACCGUCGUACAUCAGACCCAAGGAUGUUUGUGUUGCUUUACAUUACAAGUUUUGCCAUCUACACAAGCGAACAACCUCUUCAAAGCCAGUUCAAAGGAGAAAAUUACUACACCAGAUACAUCUGCAGCAUCCCUGGUUUGCCAGGCCCUGCAGGUCCCCCCGGAGCCGGCGGAUCCCCGGGGCCACACGGACGCAUUGGUCUUCCAGGAAGAGAUGGUAGAGAUGGCAGGAAGGGAGAAAAAGGUGAAAAAGGGAGCGCAGGUUUAAGAGGAAAGACUGGGCCAUUAGGACCAGCAGGAGAGAAAGGAGACCAAGGUCAGUCUGGUAAAAAAGGACCUGGAGGAUUGACUGGUGCCAAAGGUGAAGUAGGUCCAGCUGGACCACCUGGACCUAAGGGAGAUAAAGGAGACCGAGGAGAGCCAGGUGCACCAGGGGUCUGUAAGUGUGGAAAGAUAGUGCUGAAAUCUGCCUUUUCUGUUGGCAUCACCACCAGCUACCCAGAGGAAAGAUUACCAAUUGUAUUCAAUAAAGUCCUCUUCAAUGAGGGGGAGCAUUACAACCCUUCCACAGGGAAGUUUAUUUGUGCCAUCCCAGGGAUUUAUUAUUUUUCUUAUGAUAUCACCUUAGCAAAUAAGCAUCUUGCGAUUGGGCUGGUUCACAAUGGGAAGUACCGGAUAAAGACAUUCGAUGCCAACACAGGCAACCAUGAUGUAGCUUCUGGAUCCACAGUGAUCUACCUUCAGCCAGAAGACGAAGUAUGGCUUGAGAUCUUCUACACUGACCAAAAUGGUCUCUUUUCCGAUCCAACAUGGGCAGACAGUUUGUUUUCUGGAUUUCUCUUAUACGUUGACACAGAUUACCUUGAUGCUUUAUCAGAUGAAGAUGAGCUCUGAAGCAGAUGAUAUCAAAUGACAUUCAAACUGGACACCCCAGCACAGGAUUUUAUCUAGAUGUGUGAGGGCCACGAAGUGGAAAAAAAAAUAAUCUGGGAAUUUAUUUUUGCUUUGAUAUGAACCAAAUCUGAGCUCAUAAGGAUCUUCCUAGAAUCUAAGCUGGAUUUUUUACCGAACAGCAGGGAUAUCGAAAGGAACUGUAAUUAACAAAUGACUGCAUCACUCCAGGACUGACUCCUCCUGAAAGUUAUGUUUAUAAUACUAUUUAAACAAAUUUAAGAUACUGUACAUUGGAUUUUAUAUAAAAUAUAUUAAGUUGCAAUGUAGAAUGGAUAUUUUGUAUAAGACAUUAAAGUAAAAUUGAACAAUUUAUGGUAAUAUCAUCUUUGGUCAUUUUAAGACAGGAAAUACAUUAAAAACAGAUAAAACUUUGAUUUAAAAAAAAGGAAGGGAAUACAGUAGGAAUGUCUGCUUCAGGAUGCAGCUGAACAGGUCACAAGGACAGUCUCAUCUGUUAUUUACAUCAACAAAUGAUAUUCAUAAUUAACUAACCUCCUAAUAUGAAGAUUUGUGCUAGCUAAGGACUGCACAAUGACAGUCAUAAAAGAACAGAAAAAGGUAUUAAACAUACAAAAUAAUUAAAACGUGGAAGAUCUGAAAACUUGGAGGUAGACAAUCAGUAUACAAAGUGGGUAUUUUCAGUAUAAUUCCAAGUAGGUGUGCUAUUCUUUCAGUGAUAUU